AUGAUCAUCAUCACCAAGUUAUCAAUUUAUGUCUUGUUCUUCGUCCUCGUAAACUCUCUUCUUCUUCUUCAAGUUAUUGGUCACAGCUAUGACCAGCUGAACACAACUUCUUCAUGGCUCAAGAACCACACCAAAUCGCCUACAAUGUCAAAUUGGGGUAGGUCAAAGCCACCGAUGUGUAAACCGCGGGUUUGCAAAGAGGGCGGACCACCAAUGGCUCGAAUGAGAUGUUGUCGCAACCAAUGCGUUGAUGUCUUGUCCGAUCCAAACCAUUGCCGGUUCUGUUUCAAGAAAUGUCGGUUCGCAUUGUCUUGCUGCGACGGAGAUUGCGUUGACACGAAUAACGAUCCGUCUAAUUGCGGACAGUGCGGGAACAAGUGUGAUUCCGGCGCGCCUUGUGAGUUUGGUAUGUGUGGCUAUGCAGAUCCGUCGUCAAAACCCCGAAAACGUAAACGCCAUCCUAAGUUCCACCGGCCACGUCCUCCUCCUUCUCCUGAUAGUAAACAUUAG